AUGUCAGGACUGUUUAGAAAAACUAAAAACAAUGCGCCCGAGAACGCCACUACCUCUUCGCAGAAAAGCAGUGGUGAUAGGCCUAAACAAGAAAGAAGAUACUCGGAAACGCGCAAAAGCGAGACUUCCAAUCGUCCUCAUCUAUUCAAAUCAAAAACGUGGCAUAUAUCUGGUGGCAAUAGGGAGAACCUUACCGCUGAUGAAUUAAGACCUAAACUACCAAAGUCACCAAAGAAAAAUGUACUUGUGAAGUCCUUCUUCUCCACGAAAUCAAGGAAGGCUUCGGCUGAGGAAGAUGACUCGGAUGAUGAAUUUUGGCAUUGCAAAGGAGGUGAAGGAACUGGAAUGCUUGUGGGGGAUGGAAGUCUGUCAAGAAGAGAUGCAAACCACCGCCGACCAGCCAACGCCAACGCGCGGGAUACAAUUCCUAGUCGCUCUAAGCCUAAUUCUGGCCACUUACAGCGUAGAGUUUCUACUCGAAAGACUCGUGUCACUUCCAAACCAACGAUGCCAAACAGUCGUUCUAGUCCUAAGGAUUUAUCAGCUUCACGAACGGCAGCAACAUCAUCAGUUCCUUCUUCGACCAACUCUAGAUCACCUUAUGGAAAGUCAUCAACAGCAUCCUCCUUCCUUAAUCCACGCUCGAUUAGUUCUGUGUACAACCAAGGAGGAUCUGAAAAGCUUAGUUCUCAAACCCGGAGCUUUAAUGAUAGCUCUGAAUCGGAAGUAAAUCGUCGUGGAAGAGAUGGUAGGAACUUGCGCAGAGAGGGGUGUAGGAAAACUGAAGGUAUGUCUUUCUUUUCAGUGCAUAUAUUCUGGUAGAGAUAAUUUAACAACAAAGCAGGCCAUGCUUCUGACGAUAGCACUUCUUCUGGGGAAAACCACGACAACAGAUUUAGAUCGAGUAACCAUACUUCCAAGACAUCAACAAACAAUACCAGCAAUCAGAAACGUCGUCUCAAUGAGGAAAAGAAGAAACAAAACUUCGGCACCAGGGCUAGGAAGGACGAUUACUACGAUUAUUCCGGGGAAAUACACGACAAGUCUCGCAGCUCUCGAAAUGAAUACAAGUUACCUUCCACAAGAGCAAGAGAACUUGUUCCCUCGGCACAAAGAGCUGUAGUAGUCGAACGGGGAGCCAAGAAUAAAGUGUUGCCUAUAAUACCGGUCGACACUCACAAUCCUCAUUUCGUGUAA